AUGAUAGCCCUAGUUAACAGGGAUGUGGGUCCUAGAGUGAAUGCUAAUGAGAGUACUAUGGAUUCCAGGUUGAGGGAUUUUGUGAGGAUGAAUCCUCCGGUAUUUCUUGGUUCCAAUGUGGGAGAAGAUCCCCAAGAGUUUUUGGAUGAGGUGUAUAAGAUAGUCAAUUCUAUGGGGGUGACUUCUACAGAAAAAGUGGAACUAGAUCCUUUCCAAUUAAAGGAUGUUGCUCAAGUUGGGUUCACUCAAUGUAAAAGCAGUAGGCCGGUAGGAGCGGGUCCUAUAGAAUGGGAGGAGUUUAAGAAUGCUUUCCUCGGUAGGUACUUUCCCCGUGAGAAGAGGGAGGUUAAGGUAGAGGAAUUUAUCAACCUUAGGCAAGGUAGCAUGAGUGUGGAGGAGUAUUCCUUGAAAUUUACCCUAUUGUCUAAGUAUGUUCCAUAUUUGGUGUCCAACCAUAGGGAUGAGACGAGUAGGUUUGUGAUCGGUGUAUCCGACCUAGUUAAGGUAGAGUGUCGUACGUCAAUACUUCAUGAUGAAAUGAACAUUUCUAGACUCAUUGUGUACACUCAAUCUAUUGAGGAGUCCAAACUUGAGAAAAAGAGUAGGGUGAUGAAGAGGUCUAGGUCCAAUGAACAAAGUCAACCAAGGUCCAAAAAGAGAUAUGCCAAGUGUGGGAAGCAACAUUUGGGUAAGUGCCUUGCCGAAACGGAUGGUUGCUUUGGGUGUGGAAAGAAGGGUCAUAAGAUGAUAUAUUUCCCAACACUCAUGGCAAAAGGAAGGGAUGAUAAGCAAGCUUCUCUUGAUGGUCUGGAUCCUAAUGGUCCAAAGAAAAAUCGUUUUCAUGUGCUUCAAGCUAACAAGGACAAAAGAGCUCAUCCGGAUGAAGGCACGGAUAUGUUAUUGGUUUCUUACGGUUGUGAAUGUCUUGUUAAGCUUCAUAUGUUGUUUUCAUGCUAG